GAUGAAAAGUGUUUUGAUUUAUUUGAUUGACAAAACCCGGUUAAAGAAAUUGUGAGAUGUCCUUAUCAUCUUCUUCUGCGUGGGGAAAUGGAAGAGGUCCAGUGAGUGGGGGGCACAAGGUGUCUUCAGCACAGGAGUUGGCUCUGUGGCUCCACAAUAAACUGGGUUCCUCAGAUGCCAACUGGUGCUCAUCACAACUGGCAUCACAGCUGAGUGUGCAGAACAAUCUGGGCUUUGUGUCUCAGGCGUUUGCCAAUCUAUCUCCCCCUGUCAAGUACAGACUCCUCAUGAGUUUCCUCUUCAUACCAAAACGACAGUUGCAGGAGAAGAGUGAGUUGAAGAGUGUGCUGGAGAGAGUGGUGGAGGUGGGGAUGGGGGAUGAGGAUGGAUGGGUGAGCACAGUGGCACACUGCACCCAACAGUACCUCACCCACUCACACAUCCCAAUAGACGCACUCCUCAACAUGCCUACAUUCGAACAGGUGGCUAAAGAUACGAAGAGCGUGUUAGCGGCCGUGGACCCCAACCCCCAUCUGCUGCCCAUGGAGUGUGAACUGUUGAGCAAGAGCUCAUUGGCCAAGGAGAUGAGCAGUAUAUCCCAGCCUACUCUGAACCAGAAACACUUCACUCUGCGUCGCCCCUUCUCCAAACCCCACACACAAAGGACAGAGCUAAUGCAGAAGUGUAAAGACCUGCAGCAGCAACAAGCGGACUCUCUCAACAACUCUAGGUCUAAUCGAAGUGCGGCUAUGAUGAACUUGACAACUGCGCCUGUGAGGAACAAAACAGCCCCGAGCAGACUCAAAUUUGGAAUGAACAAAUCGAACCUCACUGCCUCCAACCAUCUACAUGGGAAACCACAUUCUGCCAUGUCUUCUGCUUCUGCUCUUGAUAGCCCACUUGGGGUUUCGCCAACCGGGGGGAUUCCCUCCCGAUCCAACAAAGAUAGUGUUGGAGGUGGGGGCGUGAGUGUGAAUGCGGCAGGAAAGAGGGGGGCCAAGUUGAUAGAGAUCACAGACCAGCCUCUUGGAGGGCCAGGGAGACUGAAGAGGCACAAAUCGGUGACAGUCGUAAACCCAAAUGCCGACAGUGAGGGUGGUGGUAAAGGAGAUGCGAAUGGCGAGUACAACAAGACUAUAGAUGAGAGUGUCUCAUCUUCGGCUAAAAAGGAAAAUGCAGACAACAACAUGAGUCUCAGCGAGGAAGAGGAAUCAAUUGGAGGGGAAAGUGGGAAGACACCUCUGAGUGCAGGAGCUUCUGGAGAAGUCGGAAGAGGUGGAAGAAGAGGAAGUCGGGGUCACGAUAUAGUAAUAGAAGAGAACCCUGACGCUGCUUCUCAGGCGGGUGCUAGUAUGACAGCAGGUCAUAUGUAUGUUACCAAACUGGAGAAUAAAUCCGAUUACGAGGCAGGGGUGGGUAUAAGUGCCACUGUAUCAUUCGAACCCCGCUCUGAUGAGAGAUGGGGAGGGGGUGGGGGAAACGGAGCUGGAAUGCAACAGCCACAGAAUUUUCAACCAGGCACAAACAGUGGUUCAUCAGCUGCUAUUCCUGAUUACAUGAUGGGAUUACAAACAACAUACGCCAACCAAGUCGGUAGUGAACCUUUGGAUUCUGGAUUUAAGAGCUAUAACCAGCCGUUCCAGAGCAUGUUCCCUGUGAUUGGCUCCAACCCAAAUACACCCACACAACUGACCAGUCAGAACCAAAUGCACGGACAAUACUCUCCUUUCGAACACGACUACCCCCACAAACGAUCGUCUUCCGGGGUGGGGAUGGGAGUUGGAGGUAACAUUCAGUACGGGACCCCCACCCACUCUUUGUCUAGUCAGAGUCCAAUGAGCAGUCGCGGUGGCACUCCUGGAGGUCCGGGAGGAGUAACAAGGAGUCCGGCCGGUACGACGCCUGGAAAUGAAUCCGGUUCACCCGCCGCAGUGUUCAACUUCUUUCAGCCAGCAAGUGAUGCCAUUGGUUCCCUGAAACCAGCGAACUCAAGUUUGAUAGACGAGAGGAACUCCUCGCCUGUAAGGUCGAUAGCCAAUCAACUAAAACAAAUUGCAGACCAGAACAGUUCGACGAAUCUUUCUCCGUUGGCAAUGAGUAACAUAAAGAUGUCGCCAUCCGGUGGAAACAAUCAGAUGAUGUUCAACCCAAUCGCUAAUUCAUCAGUGCCAACUGGAAGCCGUAGUAAAGUUCAAAGUUCAACCAGACAAGCCAGUCAGAAGACGAAUGAUGCAGCAACAGCUUCUACUUCUAAGACUCCUGCAACAGGGUUGUCCACUCUGGACAAGCUGCUUUCCAGUGCGACCAAACUGACAGACGCCGAUCGACAGAAAAUCCAAAGGUUCCUCGGAGGCGAAGCAUCGGCGGAAGAAAACAGUUGGGGGCCAGGGGGAGGAGGAGACAAAGGCAGCAAAGUGAGUGUCGUGUUGUCGGAGAUGAGAGUCCCGGCUGAGAUCAAAGGGGAGCUGUGCACUUCAGUUGUGUCCACAGUAUUCGAAAUGGACUACACUAACAGAAAGUGGAAAGUUGUCAAACACACCAACGUCAUCAAGGGUACUAGUCAUAGUAGUCCCAGCUCAGCGAACCGAGCGAAAUAACUUCCGAGCUAAAAUUCUGCCUAUGAAGCAUAUGAAGAAAAUAGUAAUGCUUAUAAAGCGAUGCAAUGAUUUGCGUUUGAACACUAAUGAAUUAGGAAGGGGAGUUAUUACUGUGAAUGCUAGUGUAUUUAAAAUCUUUCUUUGUUCAAUUUUUGUUACUUAAUUAUAGUUAGCAUUGAAUUAAUUUUUCUUCUGCGUUU